AACUAUUUUCUUUCUUUUAUUUUCCCUCUCAUGCCUACAAUUUCUAACUAACCAACCAUGGAAACCUCACAAUCUCUUGCCAUUGAAAGCUUCUCAUACAGUUGGCUAACAAAUAGAAAAUUUUCUCUUGAUAGCCUCAGUGAAUCCCUCAUACCAUCUCUAGACGCCUCCGAUGAAGCCGUCUCUGAAGAAGCCAAGUACAAAAUUUUAAGUUCAAAGAGGUCCUUAGAAGAAUCCCACAACUUCAACUUUGAUAUUCCCAUCUCUAAAUCUCUCUCUCUUGUCCACGCAGAUGAAAUUUUCUAUCAAGGUCACAUCUUGCCAAGGUAUAGCGAUGACCAAUCAAAAAAGGAUGAUUUCAAUGCCUUAAACUCAAAUUCAGUUCUCUCAAUACCAAUUUCUUCAAGAAAUGUUUGUGCAGCCGAUAGAAUCCACUGUCGGGUUCUCAAAAAAUGGCGAAAAACAUCUAAGCGAAUCGUGCAGAAGUGUCUUGGGUUUUUCAGGCCUUUGUGCUUGAAAGUGGGAUUCUCAAGAAGAAGUAUUAGAGUUGAUGAUAUUGACAUGAACGUGUGGGAAGAAGAAGUGAAAGCAUCUUCCCCACGAAGUACAGCAACCUCUGUGGGAAAUUGGGGGCUGCGAAAAGCGAAGAGUUGGAGCAAUUCAACUAUGGAGUCUGCGGGGCCAAGUCCAUUUUACUCUGCAGGUGAUUGGAGUGUUGAUAGCUCAAUUGAUGAGGCAAUUCUUCACUGCAAAAGAUCUUUUGAAAAAUGAGAGGCUUUAUAUUACUGAGGAGGAGAAUAGGAGAAAGAUGAGUAUUACAAGAACCUUUAUUUUAUUUUGUUUUUUUGGGGCCAAUUUCUCUCCCCUCUUUCCUUUUGGUUGUAUAUGUAAUUUUUUGUCUUUUGAACUAAGACAAACUUUUAGAAUCUGAACUGUGGUAAUUGUGAUGGAAUGAAUAUAAAAUAUUUGUAUAUA